UGAAACGAGGGCCUUAAUGCAUGUUCUCCAAAGUUUUCGGGAACCUGCGGUACGGGUGCUACAGCUAGUUCCUCUCCGCAAUCACAACCAAUAUUUAUUCAACGUUUGCUGCAAGUUCUUGCUCUUUUCCUCCUUAUUGUCACUAUUUUACAAUAUGGCUUCUACCGUGGUGUCUCAGACCGUUAAGUCGGUCAAGUUGACGUUUACGUCCUCCCCUAUCACCUUCCUCCUUGCUGUUGUUCCCGUUGGUCUCGUCGCCGGCAACUUGGGCUGGUCGUCCAACCUUGUUUUCUGGGUCAACUUCGUUGGAAUCAUCCCGUUGGCCUCGGUACUUGCGUUUGCCACUGAGGAAUUGGCAGAACACGUAGGUCAAACCCUCGGUGGGUUGUUGAACGCCACCUUUGGUAACGCCGUCGAAUUGAUUGUCUCCAUCAUUGCUCUCAGACAAAACCAGGUCAGAAUCGUGCAGGCCUCGAUGUUGGGGAGUAUCUUGUCUAACUCCUUGUUGGUUUUGGGCUGCUGUUUCAUUGCUGGUGGGUACAACCGUUUGCAGCAGGUCUUCAACCAAACCGCCGCCCAGACCAUGUCCUCUUUGAUGGCUUUGGCCACCGCUGGUUUAUUGAUCCCCGCUGCCUUCCACGCUUCCUUGCCAACCCCACAGCCGGGUAAGGGUUUACUUGAUCGCUCCCUCAUAAGCACCUUGGAAUUCCCGGUUCCGGGGACGUCCGACGACCAAGUCUUGGCUUUGUCCAGAGGGACCUCUAUUAUCUUGUUGGUGGUGUACGUCUUGUUCUUAAUUUUCCAGUUGGGGACCCACAAGUCGAUCUUUGAGCAGCAAAACACCGAGCUAGACAACACAAUCACCGAAAUUGCCCAGCAAACCAGGGGCGUGCAGUUGCCAACUGACGAAGCCGACGCUUCUGAGGAGAGCGAGCACUUGUCUCUUAUCGCUUCGUUGAUUGUUUUGUUCUUGACCACCAUCGUUGUGUCUUUUGCUGCUGACUUCUUGGUUGGCUCCAUCGACGAUCUCGUGGCAAACAGUGGCCUUUCCAAGACCUUCAUUGGUCUUAUUGUGAUCCCCAUCGUUGGUAAUGCGGCUGAACAUGUCACCGCCGUUGUGGUGGCGGUCAAGGACAAGAUGGACUUGUCUAUCGGCGUUGCCAUCGGCUCCUCGUUGCAGAUCGCUUUGUUUGUCACUCCGUUCAUGGUUUUGGUCGGUUGGGCCGUCGAUGUUCCAAUGUCCUUGUACUUUAGCACCUUCGAGACCGCAGUUUUGUUCAUGUCUGUUUUCAUCUCCAAUAUUGUCAUCUUGGACGGUGAGUCCAACUGGUUGGAAGGCGCCAUGUUGUUGUGCACCUACCUCAUUAUCGCCUUGGCGUUCUUCUACUACCCAGACAGCGCUCUUUAGAUGCGUUUAAAUUAAACUAUUUAAAUAAAAUACAAUCCUAUAGGUGUCAGUAGUAUAUCAUAUCGGUAUGAAAGGAAGAAGGGAUGUCCAUGGUACGGUGUCAAUGGGGGACCUGAUUUAGUAUAUUCUGAAUAGAAAUAUG